AUGCAGUAAUGCUGUAAGAGCUUAUCUUGCCACAGAAUUGGCUGAAUAUUGUGAAUCUCAUUGCUGACAUGAGAAAACAUGGAUCGCAUGGUGCAGAAGUACCACGUUAGGAAGCAUUGAGCAGCUUUACUCCUUCAUGCCCUGUGCUGAUAUGCCAUCUUUACAACUCUUUGGCUGAAUGCGUGAUUUUUUUCUGUCUAUGAGCUUUUCUUUUUAGAUUACAUUUGCCAGUAUAGUGUUAUCUGGCCAGUCACCAUAUGUGCAUGUGAGUAUGUGAGGUCCUAAGGUAACUGCAACCACUGAUAACUGAUUCAUUCAGUCAAUGAUUGACAGAGCUCUUGAAGACUGACAAUAUGUGACAUCUCAAACUUACUUUAAAAUCUUUGUUUAUAUUUGCAGCAUUUGUAAACACUACUAGGAAUGGGGUUUUUUAUUAUAGGUAUAUGCCUUUACUAUAAGUUAAGGAAACAUAAUCCAUCACUCACAAAUAAACCUCUUUAGUAUCUAUGACUAUUACUAUUUGUAAUACACCAUAAGGACACUUGGUGGCAACAGCGCUUUUUAGUUUGGUUUCAGCCAAGCUACAACUAAAGUCAAUUGUUUUCUUUUGAAAACAUAAUUAUCAGCAUUGUGCAACAGCAGCUACCAUACCCAAAUAGUUUUGCCCACAACAACAUUAUGCUAUUAAUAGAGGAAAGAAAACAACUUGCUUGCCACUCCUGUUAUUCACUCUCAUGAUAUUUUUCCAUUUUUUAUUUUUUUCAUGGUCCGGGGGGAAAUUGCCACUUGGAUGGCAUUCUGUUAUGUAUUGUCUGUUUGACAUACACAAGGGAAGGCUUGGAGCCAUUGUGCAACUUCUAUUGUUCUUCCUACACAUCCUGUUUAGAGUAUGUAUAGAUCCAAAUGGCAAAGCAUUCAAAUGAAAUAGGGUGCAUGAUUUUAAUACUACUUUGCUAAGGAGGCAGUGUGUACAAAAAUGUGUGAGAAUUCUAAAAUAUUCUAAAUGCCUAAAACCUUUAACCAUUAAAUGCCAACUCAAACUCUAAUUUCAACCCUCAUCCUGGUCCCUUUUAGUAGCAAGGACUGACCGAAUUCUUUUCUUGUUUUGCUUUUUUAGUUCUCUGAGGAACACACAUUCCAGCAUGAAUACCAACAUGAUGUUUAUAAUCAUGCUUAUUGAAGUGGCUGGCUGGAUUCCAUCAUCUCCAUGUGGAGCCAUCAUUCAACGGGCUCAGGGUCACAUAGCCCUGGAGAGUUACCCAACAAACGCCCGAUGCGAAUGGACAGUGCAAGUGGAGAGGGACAGCAGCAUUGAGCUGAGAUUUUCAAUGCUCAGUCUGGAAUCUGACCAUAACUGUCGUUAUGACUAUGUGGAGGUGCGUGACGGCAACGAUCUGAGCUCCCCUGUGAUUGGCCGAUUUUGUGGGGAUCAGCUGCCUCCUCCAGUAAAAAGCUCUGGGAACCUCUUGCACAUCCUGUUCACCUCAGAUGGCUACAACAACUUUGAAGGCUUUGUUCUUACUUUUCAGGAGAGUUCAGAAAAUGUCCCCACAGCUGCAGCCAUCAAGAAUCCAGUGUGUGAACUCCCAGACAAACCGGUGAAUGGAUAUUUGCUGCCUGCAUAUGGCCCAAAGGAGGAGCUUAAAUCUGUAAACUACCGGUGCCAUCCACCUUCCAAACUGAUUGGCUCCCAGCAGAGGAUCUGUCUGCCUAAUGGCACGUGGAGUGGCACAGUUCCCACAUGUGUAAAAGGCCAAACAAGCAGAGUCCAGUGUUCCCCUCCACCAAAAUUGCUCAAUGGCUACCACAGACCUGCUGACACAACUGGAGAUGCACAGACCAUUGAGUUUUUCUGUAAAAACUCCUACAUUCUUAGUGGAAACCACCAGAGUACCUGCCUCUCUAAUGGAUCCUGGAGUAGCAGGACACCUAAGUGUGUCAGAGCAUGUCGAGAGCCCAAAGUGUCUGAACUUGUGCGACAAAGUGUUGUGAAUCUGAUAUCGAGGUACAACAUGCACGAUUUGUUGUCAGCUGGUUUUAUUCCACUUACAUUGGAUAAACAGUCAAAAAACGACGACCCCACCUUCGUGGAUCUUCCUCGUGGCUUUCACCCAGUCUACACGAGCCUUGAGUACAAGUGUGCCUCCCUGCUCUACCACCACACAGGAAGUUCCCGACGCACCUGUCUGAAAACUGGCAGGUGGAGUGGGCGCCAUGUUUCCUGCUCACCAGUUUGUGGCAAAUUCGACACUUUCAGUCUACACAACCUCACAGACACUCAGUGGCCGUGGCAUGCAGCCAUCUAUAUCCGCUCACCUCCUAAUCAUACUGCCAGCACCCACAGGCCCCGUGGAAUAACCACAUCUAUCCAGCAGGGGGCCUCAGAGGAGUCCACAUUCUGGUACCUGGCCUGUAGCGGGGCUCUGCUCACCCAGCGUAGUGUCCUGGUGGCAGCUCAGUGUGUGGUAGACAAGGACAAGCAGCAGACCCUUCACCAAGCACAUGUGAAGGUUGUGAUAGGCAUGCAAUACCAGACAUCCAAGGAUCGGCUGAAAAGCCUGCACCACCUAAGGGUUUCAGAAAUUUUAGUCCAUCCAAAUUUUUACACUGCACCAGACUCCGAUUUGGCUGUGCUCAAGCUAAAAGACAAGGUCAAGAUCAGUGAGCGUGUGUUGCCAGUGUGUCUACCCAAACUGCAAGGAGGAGAGGUGACAGCGCAUGAGGCUUACACUGUGAGAUGGAUUUUACCAACCGAUCACAGGCACCUGAGCCGCUACACUCCCUUGAGCCAGACGAAACUUGUUGAGUUGGGUGAUGUUGCUCAAUGCGAAAGAGAAUUUGUUCAAGGAGGAGCACAUUCCACAGUGAUCAGUGACAAUACGCUGUGUGUCAUUAGGAAGCCGUCCAGUCCUCAAAGUUCUUGUCCCAGUGUUGUUCCAGGCAUCACAAUCGUGCCAGCUGUGUUUUCAUCCACAAGUGGUGUCUUGUCGGGUCACAAGGAGAGUCAGGGAGCCUCCAGCACAGGCUGGCAGCUUCUUGGUUUAGAGAGUUUCAGUUAUAAGGAAAAGAAUUGCCACCAACAGACUUACACAGUUCAUACACGAAUAGCCAACUUUCGAGACUGGAUAGAGAAAAACAUGAAGUAGAUUUCUUUUUUUCUCAAAAUCUAAUGUAAAGCUGAUUUUCAGCUACUUAAAUCUCUUAAAUGGUCAUUUAUUUCCAGUUUUGUAAAUCUCACAGUUGGUAGAAAUGGUGGAGAUGGAGCGGACAGUGAGAACACAACAUUUGCUGUGAUAAUUUUGUACCUCCUGUCUGUGUCAAAGCUGAGAACUGUUUUCCUGGCACUCUACUUGUAUCUCUUAUUUGUGCAUGUUAAUGUUCUGUAUUUGGGCCACCUCCACUUCAAACAACUCAGUGUGAGCUGGUUGAGAUACACACCCACAUACUCAUGAUCUUUCAUUGUUACUUUGUGAUUGGAGGUGAAGAUAAAGCUUGCUCUUUAAAAAAAAUAAAGAAAUCCUCCAGCUGCCA